AUGGAUCAGCUAUUCCUCAAGAUUGUCACGGGAUCACCCAUAAUGGAGUUGAAGGGUGAGUACAUAAAUACACCACUUUAUACGAUAUUAUGUGCUCAGGCACCCGAUCCCAAGCACCGUAUCGAGCUUCUACGAAGCCGUCUCCAAACUUCAACGGAAACAACUUCAGCGCAGAACAUGAUUCAUAUCGUUAACACAUGCAUCGCAACUGAGUUAUCUCCGGACGACGUAGAAGUUCUAAUAGAGGAAGUUGCACAGGUAGCUCUUGAGCAUCCUUCUUGGUCUGAUUUUAUCAAAUGGGCGUGUGCGUUGAUUCAUUACUAUUGCACUGACGAUCUAACGAUAUCCCUUUUUUUAGAAUUCGAUGCACCAUGCAUUGCUGUUCGGGCUCUGAAAGAAUUUCCUCAGAACUCCCAGCUUGUGAUGUCUGCAUGUAUCCUACUAUCUCACUUUAACAUGUAUGAUAUCAACGACAGCAUUAUUCAGCUGACAAAUGUACUUCACAUACAUGUGGAGGAUAAGCAAGUGCUCAAGCCAGCAAUUUACACGCUUGCAGAGUUCACUUCUUAUCAUGCUGAAAUUCCACAUCGAUUUUCACAAACUAAUCGAGAAUUCGUCGAAGCUGGAGGUGUCCGCGCGCUCGAAUCUGUGCUGCAUAGUUACCUAGACGAUGAAGAGGUAACAACGCGUGCUGCACGUAUAGCAGCGAAUAUAACGAGUUCAGGGAUGACUGAUGCAAUCAACCCUGAAUCACAGGUUAUGUUGCAUCUUUCCGAGUCGUUGAUUUGCUUUCAGCACUUGGAGCUGCAUUGCUACCAUGUACUGCGUGUUUUUAGCAGCAUUCCUUCCUCCAAAUACAUUGAUUUGGAUAGUAUCUUGCCAUUAUUUCACAAAGCCAACUCAGAGAUUCUGGUGCUUGAAUGGAUUCACUUUUUGUCUAGUGUGGCUUCUAAUUUCAGGGACAGGAAGCCCAAAAUCUUCUCCACAGGGUGUGUUCCACGGAUUCUCGAAGUUAUGCGCAUUUAUAAUACAAACGAAUCCCUUAUAGAGGGAGCCUGCGGUUUGUUGUCAUACCUUUCAUUUGACUCAGAUAAAAUCACUCAUGAGAUUACCGAAUUGGGUGGGAUACAUCUUGCUCUCGAUGCCAUGCGUAGGUUCCCGGAUAAUGAAGAUCUGCUUAUGUCAGCAUGCUCAGCAGUAUCUGGCCUCGCCUUUGAUAAUCCCAUUGGCCAAAAAAUUCUCAUUGCUAAUGAAGGGGUAUCCCUUAUUCUCAAUGCAAUGCGUCAAGGGAAGAAGGCUGGACUACAAGAGAGUGGCUGCUUGGUAAUCGGCACAAUGUGUUGGAAUCCAGAUUUGAAGGCAGAAAUCGUACGCCUCGGUGGUAUUGACAUAAUUAUCAAGGCUUUGAAGGAGCAUUACAUGAGCUUUGGGCUUGUUAAGAAUGCGUGCCGUGCUGUCGAUCAGAUUGCAUUUAACUCUGAGAAAUAUCGUGAUGAGAUGUGCGAUAAGGGUGUCAUUCCCUUAGUUGUGAGGGGAAUGCAGAGGCAUCCGACUUUUGACCGCGUUCAGAUGCACGGCUGCAUUGCUCUGUCGUAUCUGUCAUGGUCUGAUAAAGGUCACGCCGCACAAAUAAGGGAGUGUGGUGGGUACAAGGCCAUCAUGGAUGCUAUGCGGAUUCACCCUAACAACCAAGAGGUCCAGGAGCAUGCUUGCCAUGCGCUGGUAGGCAUUUACGCUCUUCCGUCUGAUGAUCUUUCGCCUGCGCUAGUGCAGGUUGUUGCCGCCAUGCGCCGAUUCGAGAAAUCCCCUGAGAUACAGGAGGAAGGGUGUCGCGCCAUCGUCACGCUGUCCUUGUUAUCCACUGCAAAUAAGGAUCUCCUGUACGAUCUCAAAGCCCCGGAGGUGGUAAUUACGGCCAUGAAAAAUUUUCUUCAUGUGGAGCUUAUCCAGCAGGAGGCGUGCAAUGCUUUGGCCCACCUUGCGUACGAACAUAGCAAGCUUAACUGGGCCAUCACAGAUUUAAACGGGGUGCAAUUCCUGAUAGACACCAUGAAUGAAUUUAAAAAUAGCUCGAAGGUCCAAUUGAAUGCUUGUGCUGGGCUCAGCGCCCUUGCAUUUGACAACCUCACUGCACAAGAACAAAUAUUUGAAUUAGGAGGAAUUGAAUGUGUUAUAUACGCAACCAAAACGUUUGAGCAGCUGCGAAUGCUAGAGUUGGGAUGCUCUCUUUUAGGUAACUUGGCAUGGAAUACGAAUAUCAAGGAGCGUGUGGCAGUGAAUGCAGUCCCACAUAUUAUCGAUAUGAUGAAAAAACACUCAAGUAAUGCACUUUUGCAAAAGUCUACAUGCAGGGCCAUUUCGCAAUUUUCCUUCAAUUCCGAAAGUAAUAGACAGCUGCUUGUUGAUUCUGGUGUGAUCCCGCUCAUUAUAAAUUCCAUGCGUGAGCACUUGGCUUCGGAUAAAGUCAUGAUUCACGCACUGAAGGCAUUAACCUACCUGUGCUGGGAGAACGACCAGGUUGCAAAGGCCAUCAUUGACGAAAAUAUCGAAGAGACCCUGCAACAAGUGGUGAUGCGCUACGUGGAAAUGCCACGCGUCUCCAAUGAGGCCAUUCACCUUUGCAAGAUCCUAUUCCGGAAGACGAGCAGCAGCCCUAGCCCGACUGUCAGCGGGAUCUCGCCGCCGAUGAUUUCUCCGUUGGCCGCUCCCUUCUUUACACCUGGGCCGCGCUGCGGUGUGCGGAAUUUUGGGUGCCCCAGCCCUUUAGAAGAGGUACGGCGCGAGGGUAGGCCGCCUUUGUCGAACACAAAUGAACUUCCCCGAUCGAACCUCCGCGAGCCAAAAUAUCGUCCGUUUCAAACGGAGGAGGAGUACUCUAAAAAUGGUCGGAGAGGGGGCCAUGGUGGGGGCCUGCCAGGAGGACGUGGUGCGGCGGGAAGGUUCAGGCGUGGGAAAGGCAACAGGGGGGGGGUUCUAGGGCCCGCCCAACACCCCCGAUGA